GCAUCUCAUCCACCACCUGCCACAGCCGCAACGCAGCCAUGGAGACCCUCAGCAAAUUAUUGUAAGCCAACAUAUUUUUUAAAGAAUAAAAACUAUUGAGAGAAAGGGAGGCAAGGGGGAAACACAGGAAAGGUGGAUACAGAGUGGAGGAGACAGAAACGCAUAGUGAGAAGCGGAAACAGAAACAUAUGGUUUGUCAGACGAGCAGCUGUUUCUAAUGACUGAGGAAGCGGAAAGAAACUUAUUAAACCACAAUAAUAAUCUGAAGACACAUUUAAUCCAUCCGUCUAAUUUUGUCGGGACUUUGCAUUAGUAUCACGCGCUCACCUGUGAGAGACUGACUGUGCUUUACACCUCUGUUUCAGUAGUUUGUGCGGGGUGGAUUGCGGUUGUUGAACGUGCUUGAACGCGCACACACACGCUCAGUUCAUCACAAGACGCAGUGAACCCGACAAAAGCCUCUAGCAAGGACCAAAUUGAAUUAGGCAACUUAUUCCUACAGAAGGGGAGGUAGUAUUGGUAGGCUUCCCUUCGCUUUCUCACCGGCCGACAGUUAAUCCCUCCGGGCUCACCAGGAGUCUGUCACCCACCUCCUCGUCUCUGCUCGCACGUCCUUAACACGGUAACGAGCCAUGUCUGGACAGACUGUGACCGUCCCGGACGACCGGGCUUUCGCCAGCUUCAAGGCGGAGUGUCUGUGCGAAGAGGGCUGGAGCAAGACCUACAACAAGGAAGGAACCACAGUGUGGACCCAGGUUCUGGAGGAGGGGAAGUCCGUCCACAAAAUUAAGUGUCGUAUGGUGUGUAAAGACGUGUCAGCUGAGACGAUGUAUGAUGUUCUCCAUGACAUCGAAUACAGAAGGAAAUGGGACUCAAAUGUCAUUGAGACCUUCGAUAUCGGAAAGCUUACAGUCAAUGCAGAUGUUGGUUACUACUCAUGGAAAUGUCCAAAACCUCUUCGGAACCGUGAUGUCAUCACACUUCGUUCCUGGCUGCCAAUAGGGAAGGAUUACAUCAUCAUGAACUAUUCAGUUAAACAUGCAAAAUACCCUCCUAAAAAGGACAUGGUUCGAGCUGUUUCCAUUCAGACUGGAUACAUGAUCCAGAGCCAGGGACCUAAUCACUGUACCCUCACUUACAUGGCCCAGGUAGAUCCACGAGGUUCAUUACCCAAGUGGGUUGUCAACAAGUCUUCCCACUUCCUCGCUCCUCGGGCAAUGAAGAAGAUCAAUAAAGCCUGUUUGAAGUAUUCAGAGUGGAAGCAGAAACAUAACCCAGGCCUCAAGCCAUGGCUCUACCCUGAACAGACUACAUUACCCAGCAUCCCGCUCUCAGAGCUGAGCAUCCAACAUGCAGAGAGCCUGGAGAAUAUUGAUGAGAGCUCCCUGGCUGAAGCCCAUGAGAGAGAAGACAGCGACUAACACAAAACACACGCAUGAUCAUGUGCUCAUACAAACAGCAAUGCAGGAAUGCAUAAAUGCAAUCUACACUGUCUGCCACCCCCCCCCCCCCCCACCCCCCCCCCCAAAAAAAUUUUUUAAAAAGUUGCCAUCAAAACAAAAUGUCAAGCAUUCUAAUAUCUUGUUGUAACACCUUUAGCUUUGAUUACAUUAUCCUUUGCUGUGGCAUUGUUUCAAAAAGCGUCUGUGAUUUUAAAAGAUUUAUUUACAUCUAGUGUUGCAUUAGUUUUUCACCAAGAUCUUGUAUUGAUGAUGGGAGAGUCUAACCACUGCACAAAGACUUCUCCCGCACACCCCACAGUUUUAUCAAUGGGCUUCAGGUCUGGACUUUGUGGUCCAUGUGUGAACAUGAUGUCUCAUGCUCCCUGAACCACUCUUUCACAAGUAGAGCCCGAUGAAUCCUUGGGAUAUUGCCAUGUCACCAUGGAAGAAAAAAAAUCCAUUGAUGGAAUAACCUGCUCAUUCAGUAUAUUCAGGUAUCAGCUGACCUCAUUCUUUGGGCACAUAAUGUCGCUGAACCUAGACCUGACCAACCACAGAAACCCCAGAUUAUAACACAGAUUUGUACGGUAGGCACUAGGGCACUAGGUAUGAUGGAUACAUCACUUUUGUCUGCUUCUCUUCUUACCCUGAUAAGUCCAUCACUCUGGAACAGGGUAAAUCUGGACUUAUCAGACCACAUGACCUACUUCCAUUGCUCCAGAGUCCAAUCUUCAUGCUCCCUAGCAAAUUUAAGUCUUUUUCUCCGGUUAGCCUCACUGAUUAGUGGUUUUCUUAUGGCUACACAGCUGUUCACUUCCAAUCUCUUGAGUUCCCUACGCAUUAUGCAUGUGGAAAUGCUCAUAUUUUCACUAUUAAACAUAGCCCCGAGUUCUAAUAUUGUUUUAAUUUAAUUUGAUUUAAUCAAACGUUACAGUGAUUGCCAUCAUUUAGACUUUUUUUUCCAACAUUUCUUCCUGGAUGAUGAUGCUUCCCCACUAUCCUUAAAGUUUUUUAUAAUGUGGACAGUUCUUAACUCAAUUUUAGUAGUUUCUGCAUCUCUGUUUGGUUAAGGCUAAUGAUUUGAUCCUUAAGGAAACUAGCAUCUUUUUCACAACCACAGGAUGUGUCUUUCAACACAGUUGUAUGAGAAAUGAGAAGCUACUCAUUGUAUCAUUUGGGAUUAAAUAACUUGUUGCCAGCUGAAAGAUAAUCACCCAUGCAGUAAUAAUCCAGGCCUGUACCAUUUUGUGUUUUUAAAUCCAGGUAACUUUUUUUCUUUUGGCCAGGCAGUGUAUGUUGUAAAUGAAAUGCAUAUGUAACCAUACCAUUGAGAACAUGUAUGUAAGCAUUCAUACAGGAAGACAAACGCCUACUUUACCGACCUGGUCACAUGUUACAUACAUACAUACUGUAUAAAUGCAUACACUCGCAACAGAGGUGCAUACACAGAUACCCUCCACACUGACAAACUCAGAAAAGUUAAACUAAUUUUUGCUGUAAUCAGAAAAGUAGCUGUAUUUUUUUCCUACUGGGAUAUUAGCAUUUUCUAAUUGGGACUUAUGAGAUGAUCAUAAUGAAAUGUUUUCAGGUAUAUUUUAGGGUUCAACGCUGAAAUGUUCAGACUAAUCUGACUGAACAUUACUGAUGUCGGUCAAAACAUGACCACUAAAACUAAAAACAUACUUUCUUCUUUUAGCUACUAGUCAUGCAUGUCAGUGAUGCACAUACACGGUAGAUACACAGUACUGCACCAGUGCACUCAGUCAUAUAGACACUGAAUUUGUAUCCCUCUGCACAUAGUGUCUCUGUUUCUAGUGUGUUUCUAUCACAUUUUGUAAGCACAUAAUAAAUAUGCAGGUGUGCAAAAGGCAGCUGGAAUCCCAAAUUUGACAUUCAUCUUUUUUUUCUUUUUUCUCCUUCGACACACCCACACAUAUACACACAAAUACAAAUUUACAUUUAUGUACUGUCUGCUCCUCUAUUUGAGAGAUGUAUGAAUGUAUGUAGACUUUAACAAUUAAAUAUGGAUUCCUACAAGGGUUUUCAAACUUCA